CAAACCGUUGCUUGUUUUAAAUUGCUUUCAAAACGCUAAUCUUUCAAACAGGUAAUGACUCUGAAUAAAUGGCAGCACUAAACAGAUGGAUAAAAGCGGCACUCGGUACUCAGUGCAGGCAACACUGGAUGUCCACUGUAUCCGUGGAUACGAGGAGUGAGCAGGUCAAUGCCCGACCCUUCCGAGAGAUUCCCGGCCCACGAGGCAUUUACUUGUGGCCGUAUAUUGGUAUCAUGCUGCAUUAUAAACCAUUCUCUCCUUACACUGCUGACACGACUUACCUGCUACACCGAGAAAUGCACAGAAAAUACGGCCCCAUAUUCAAAUAUCGUGUAGACAAGUUCAUCGUCCAGACUAGCAGCCCAGAAGACAUGGAAACUAUAUUUAGAAACGAAGGCAAAUUUCCCUACCGUCCACCGGCAGAACUUGAUCUUGUCUACGCGAAGAGAACCGGAUAUAAGCAGACCCUGGCAUCCUUGAACGGAGAAGAGUGGUACAAAGUGCGGACACCGGCCAACAAACGUCUGAUGAAAGCCGACUCAGCACACCACUACCUCGCCCCACAGAACCAAGUCGCGGAUGAAUUUGUUCACAUCCUGUCCACUCAAGAGAUGGACGGUGAAGAGAUGCAGGACUACUUUUUCCGUUUUGCUGCAGAAAGUAUUGGAAUCGUAUGCUUCAAUGCUAGACUUGGUUUUCUUAGCAAAUCUGGAUCUGAAGAUGAAACAUCCGUUGAAUUUCUUAAAGCCACAAAAGCUAUUUUUGACGUUCUGCUUCAUGCAUAUACUGGCGCUUCCAUUCUACACAAAUGGUUUCGGAACAAAACAUAUAGAGAUUAUGAGAGAGCCUGCAACAUCAUCAAAAAAAACUCAGCUCAACACAUCCUUAGGGCUAAGAAAGCUGUCGAAGAUAAGCAAAGGGCCGGUACUCUAGACCCAGAAGAGCCAAACUUUCUUCUCUCUCUGACCUCAGAAAACAUCAUGGACGAGAGAUAUAUUUGCUCCAUAACAGAAGUUCUUUAUAUAACCGGAACUGAUUCGACAGCGAGGAACCUGCAAGUUCUCUUCUACAACUUGGCCAAGAAUCCAGAUAAACAGGAAACUCUAAGGCGAGAGGUUCUGAGUGUCGUGGGCCCAGACAAGCCGGUGGAUGCUCAAGCCUUGUCUAAGAUGCCAUAUCUUAAAGCCUGUUUAAACGAAUCGUUCAGGCUGUACUUUCCAACACCAACCGGCGUCAUGCGAAUCUUGCCAACUGAUGUGGUCCUUAGUGGCUACAAGGUUCCUGCUGGGACUUCUCUGACACUAAGUAACCCUGAAGCCUGCAGACAUGUUAGUGGAAAUCCAGACAAGUUUAUUCCGGAGAGAUGGAUACGGACAGAAUCAGGCAAGAGACAUGACGACAUACACAGUAUGGUUGUAUUGCCCUUUGGAUUCGGACCCCGAAAUUGUAUUGGGAGACGUUUCGCUGUGCAAGAAAUUUAUCUGGCCGCUUCGAAGGUUCUACAGAAACUGAAGAUCGAUGUCGACGAUUCGUCACGUGACACGGAGUUUGUGUACAAACUCUUCGUACACCCAACGACCCCAAUCAAGUUUAAAUUUACGAAGAUCAGCACUUUCAACUAGACACGACCAAACUAUUUUAACACGUUUUUCUUAACUCAGCUUCGCGUUUGUGGAUGGAUUUGUUUGUUGUUAAAAUUGACAUCGAAAAUUAGCCCACUUCUGAUUGCUCUAGAGAUCUGAAA